AGACCGCGAGCAGACGGCCCUCAGCCACUGGGUCCUGCGGGGUCAGGGCCCCAGUCUUGCCUUCCCAGAGCCCCCACACCCCGCAGCGCCCCUGAGGCUCACCCUGGGCCUCUCACCCCCUGGCUCUGCUCAUCCCGCCCAGCACAGCACUUGGCCUCCUUGAACCCAUCAUGAUGCUGGUUGUGCCCCAAGAUCAGGGGCCACGUGCAGUGCCUCAGAGAGAGAGUGUGCAAGUGGCCUCCCAGCCCGUGCUGCGGGGUAAGCCAGGGUUAGGAGCGACUCUGCAGCCAGCAGCCUGUCUGUGGGACCAUCACUUUAAACAACCCUGGUCGCCAGCAUCUUUGGGGGGGCCAUGGUACCCUCUGUACCAGCUGGGCAACCCCCAGCUCCGCAUCUUCCGAACAAACUUCUUCAUUCAGCUGGUGCGGCCCGGCACGGCCCAGCCCGAGGACACCGUGCAGUUCCGGAUCCCCAUGGAGAUGACCAGGGUGGACCUGAGGAAUUACCUAGAGCGCAUCUACAACGUACCCGUGGCUGCCGUGCGGACGAGGGUGCAGCAUGGUUCCAACAGGAAGAGGGAUUACAGGAACGUGAGGGUGAAGAAACCAGACUACAAGGUGGCCUAUGUGCAGCUGAUACGGAUGCCGUCCUCCAUCCUUUGCCCGUCUGGAAACAGCGCGGCUCUGGCGCGCGCCCCUCUCGUGCCCUGAUCUCGGGGGGCUGCUCCGUGGGACCCAGCAGACUGAAAGGGCACCUCAGAGCUGCCCGGGCCCCCUCCUCCGCUGCAGCGGUGGCCAGCCCGGUGCCCCACACACGUGCUCGGGGGUCUGGGUUGGGGCUUGGCCGACACUGGCACAUUCUGAACUUUUAGUGAAAGAUGUAAAACCAGUUAAUUUGCAAAGCCGGUCUUGAUUUAUAGACUGCUGCAUAUGUA